AUGGCAGACGAAAGCAAAAAGCGAUCUGCUCCUUCAGGUGGAGCCGACGGUGCCAGCAAGAAAGCAAAGAAGCUAUGGCAAACACCACGUAGAGUUGACCAGUACGCAACUCAAAAAGUCAUCUUGCCUGGCGACCAAGGUAUCUGGGCAACAUGCGAUAAAGGCAGAGAAGGCAAAUGCACAGGAGAGCUGCGCGAUCUCUUCAACGAGUAUGCUCAAUUACUCUACGGAGAUCAACUGGCCGCAGAAGCUGGUGCUGCGGGAUCCGACGAUGAGGGUGAUGGUGAAAUUAACAUUGAAGCCGAAAUCCAACAAGAACUCGCCGACAUGCGCAAGCCCCCAAGCCAAAGCAAACCUCUCUUCUGGUCGAUCAAACUGGACGUACAAUGCGUCAUUUUCUUCAAGACAAGAGCACCCGUCGAGCCGGUGUCGUUUGUACGAAGAAUCGUCGAAGAUGCGGCCAAACCCAACGCACCAAAGCGGACCCGAUUCUGCAAUCGCCUGAUGCCGAUGACCCUCAUGGGUAAGGCCACUGAGAACGGUCUAAUCAAGGUGGCCCAGGAGGUUCUUGCUCCUCACUUCCACCAGGAGCCGCACGUGUCCAGAAAGUUUGCUAUUCGUCCCACAAUCCGCAACCACAAUGUUAUGAAGAGAAUGGACAUUAUCCAGAACAUUGCGCAUACGGUCGGCCCGGGACAUCAAGUUGACCUCAAGAAACCCGAUCUUCUUAUUAUGGUCGAAGUCUAUACCAGCAUCUGUGGUAUCAGUGUUAUACCCAACGACUACGACGCGCUGAAAAAAUACAACCUUGCAGAGAUCUUCGAGCCCACUCCGAAGGAGCAGCCCAAGAAGAAGAUUGAAGCACCCAAGGAACAACCUGCAGAGGACGUCAAGAUGGAGGUUGAAGAGAAGACUGAGGCCCCUAUCGCUAAAGAAGAGGCGGAGAUUCCAGCCGUCAAAGAAGAGGCAGAGACUCCAGCUGUGCCCAUCAAAGACGAAGCAGCUCCGGCUUGA